AUGUUACUUGGAAUGGGAUUCAAGGCAUCGACAGCUGAUCCGUGUCUGUUCUCAAGGAAAGAAAGCAACGGCCAAACAACAUUUAUGUUGAUUUAUGUUGAUGACAUUCUGGUGGCUGGAUUUUCUGAAGAACUUAUAAACACCAUAUAUAAAGAACUCCAAAAGCAUGUAAAGAUGAAAGACUUGGGUCAAGCGAAACAUUAUCUCGGUAUAGAGAUCGACCGGGAAAAAGAUGGAUCGUUCAAACUAAGCCAAAAGUCAAAAAUUAAACAACUGAUAAAAACUUACAAACUUGAAGAUUCAAAAGGAACUUUAACACCAAUUGAAACAGGUUUCUUGAGUCCAAGUGAAGAAACAAGUCCGAAGUUACCAAAUAAUAACUUAUACCGCAAAGCUAUUGGAUCAUUACUUUAUAUUGCAACCGUUUCAAGACCAGAUGUAUCCUUAGCUGUUAAUCUUUUGAGCAGAAAAAUAGAAUCUCCAACUGAAAGUGACUGGAAAGCUGUAAAAAGGGUUAUGCGAUACCUGGCGACGACUGUUGACAAAUCUUUAUUGCUUCAAACAAAUGAAGAAAAAACUUUGAUGUGCUAUGUAGAUGCUGACUGGGCUGGUGAUUCAAAGGAUAGAAAAUCAACCAAUGGGUAUGUAUUCCAAUUCGCAGGAAGGAGCAUAGCUUGGUCAAGUCGUAAACAGACCCCAGUAGCUAUGUCUUCAACCGAAGCGGAGUAUGUAGCGGCAUCACAUGCAAGUUGA